GUGCGGACGUUUCUGAUGCAUCUGUCUGGGCGAACGCUGCGUAUGCUUAAUUCUGUUUGGCACACAGGAGAGCCGGAGCCGGAGAAGGAGCCGGAGCAGGAGUCGGAGCUGGAUACGUAGUCGAAGCCAUAGCCUGUUGUGUCCUGUUUAGUUAAAGCUUCGGCAGAUAUUGCGACUGGAGGACAUGGCCAGCCAGAGGAUCGGGCCAGGACGAGGAGAUGGAGGAGGAGGUGGAGGUCGCAGAUCCUGCGGACCGGGAGCCUUGCAUACAGCAUUCAAUAUGCUGGCGUUGAGCUGGAUUAUAAUCUCGGAGUUAUUGCUCAGUGUUCAUUGCCUGAAAGAUCUGAAGAUAUUUGUACCGGAGGCCGUCAUCAUGGGAAAUGCAGCGACAUUGUCUUGUCAAUAUGAUUUGGAACAGGCGGCGCUCUACGCGGUGCGCUGGUACUUUGGCCAGGAGGAAUUCUACCGCUACGUUCGCGAGGCCAAGCCCACAUUUGUCUUCUCCGUUGCCGGCAUUAAUGUUGAUCUCAGCAAGUCGGAUGCCACUUCGGUGACGCUGAAAGGUGUCACCCGGGAGCUGAGCGGCAGCUAUCAGUGCGAGGUCUCAGAGGAUGCUCCACUCUUCCACACGGAGAUACGUUCGGCGCACAUGCAGGUGAUUGAGCUGCCAAAGGACGAGCCGGUGAUGCAGGUGGACAAGAAGGUUAUUGGCGUGAAUGAUAAUUUUAAGGCCGUGUGCACUGUGGGUCCCUCGUAUCCGCCGGCUAACAUCACCUGGUACAUCAAUGGACGAAUGGUCUAUCCUACGCCGCUGCAGCGCAUCACACAGGACGCCUUCGAGGGCUCCACAACGUACUCCUCGCUGGAGAUCUAUCCGCAUAGCCAGGUGCUGCAGGGCUUCUUCCAGGCCAAGUACCAGGCGAACAUCAACCUGCUGUGCGAAGUGUCCAUCCUGCAUGUGUUCCACAAGAGCGUCCAGCAGCGGAUCGGUCUGAGCAACGCGCCGCCGACGACCAUCUCGCCGAAUCUUUUGGGUCUGGAGGGCUCGAAGCGGUAUGCCAAUGGGGAUCCGGACAACUCGGCGCUGACCGGCGCCUCCCAGCGCUGCUGCAUCUGCUGCGGAGCCGCGGGCGCCAUCCUGCUAGCCGUGGCCACGCUGGCGGUGGGGCAUCUGUGACCACAGCGGAUGACCUAAGCUGCUCCACACACACCACACUGCCAUGGACAAGUCGGAACGCGGAGAGGAGGACAAGGAGGAGGAAUCAGCAGCGGGAGCUGUGUAAUUAAAAAAUAACAAAAAACAAACAAACAAUAUGCUUCAGCCUGUGAAGCGUGCAUAACAACAAGGAAAUGCAAAAAUCAAAAGAAGAAUCAUGGUGGAAAACCGACGGCGACCCUGCAUUGUCAACGCCUAGUAGAGCAUGUUCUGGUAUUUUAUAUGUUUUUAUUUUUUAAUUUGCCUGGUUCGCCAAACAAAACAAGCAGACUUCAAGCCGAUGUAAUAUUUUUAAUGCAUUAACUCAUUAUUUGCGGUGGCUGCCUACAAAAUUCCGAUAAUAAAGCGUAAAUUAAGAAGAAAUUUGGAUCUACAUUUCCACACACGACACGAUCAGCGGAUGGUUAAAAUAAUAAUUAUAAUAAAAAUAAUAAUAAUAAUAAAGAUAAUAGUAAAAGGGAAAACAUAGCAUAAAUUUAAUACGUAACAGGCGUGGUUGAACUCUUCAAGAAAACAGAGAGAAACCAGCAGACGAAGAAUAGUGAAAAAUGAAUCCAUAAAUUUAAAUAAAUUAACAAAGGCACUUGCAAGCGAAACGUUGCAAAACUAAUUACAUAAACAGAGAAAAAACAACAAUUAAUAAGCGUAAGUGACACACACAUUUAAAUACUAAGUACACCCUACCCUCCAACUACCGCAACCUAGGCACAUAAGUUAUGUAAAUAAUUACUGUAAAGUAUAAAAAACCAAAAAUAAUAAUUUAAUAAUACGAGACCCACACAAGAGCAGCAGACCGCGUGUAGGCAAACAUUAAUUAAAGCUGAGAAGAACAAGUUAAAUACAAACUAAUUAAGUCUUUAUGAAAAAUCGAUGAAAUCAAAUAAAAAAAAAAUUUAAUUAAAUAUAGCAAGAAAGAAAAAAUCAAAAAUGAAUAUCGGCCAAAUUCAGUUAAAUUGGAUUUGUUUUCGUUUCAAUUGUGGCUUAUUUGCGGUAUCAGUUUGUUGGAAUUUAAAUUUCCGUUGAGGCACAAGAUGGACUUUGUUUUUAGACUAAAUUUAAACGAAUAACGCAAAUAUAUAUAUUUAUCGAGUAAUAAAUGUCAGGACAAGAGAGAAUUUAGUGCGUACAAGUUAGUUGGAUGAUGUUGAGAGUAUAUUCUGCCGAACGAACUCAGAGUUUAAAUCCGAACUCCUUGGCCAAAGGACUAUUUUUAGAGAUUCAUGCUCAACGCAAACUCACAAAAACAAAAAAAAUAAGAAUUAUAAUAAAUAAAUAAAAUCAAGAUGUACAUCGUGCUCAGCCUAUAUGUAUUUCUCAGCUAAGUGACAAAAAUUGGGAAAUUGGAAAAUAUAUAAUAUAAGCCGAUUAAGCAACAUAUUGUAAAUCAAAAGAAAACACGAAACGAAGUUAUUUUAGCGAGUUGUGGCAGGUCGAAAUAAACUGAAACGCAAACUAAUCUUAACUAAACUAAAACGAAA